UCUCAUCGCAUAUACUUCGAUCGCAACUUUACCGCGCGUGUCGUUUCAAGAAAAAUGAUAGUGAACGCGGCGAUGGCAUCGUUUUCGGCAACAUUGACAGCGACAACCACUAGCCAGCCGCCAAUUUCGACGCUUCACAACAUCACAACCCUGCAGAGCACCAACGUAACCACCGUUGAGAACGCACACCCCGACUGGCCGGAACUAGUCUUUCUGAUUGUGAAAGGUUUCAUCUUCUCGACGAUAAUCCUCGCCGCUGUACUGGGCAACGCUUUGGUCAUCAUCAGCGUGCAUCGCCAUCGUAAGCUACGCGUCAUCACCAACUACUACGUCGUCUCACUAGCGAUGGCAGACAUGUUAGUAGCGCUGUGCGCUAUGACCUUCAACGCAAGCGUAGAGCUAACCGGAAAAUGGAUGUUCGGUUCGUUCAUGUGCGAUGUGUGGAACUCUUUGGAUGUCUACUUCUCGACAGCGUCGAUUCUGCAUCUGUGCUGCAUCUCAGUGGAUCGAUACUACGCCAUUGUGAGACCGCUGGAAUACCCGAUUACAAUGACGCACAAAACUGUCGGAUUCAUGCUUGCGAACGUCUGGAUCCUACCGGCGAUUAUCAGUUUCACGCCGAUAUUCCUCGGGUGGUAUACAACCGAAGAACACAAGGCAUUCAAACUGGAGAAUCCCAAUGUGUGCAUCUUUGUCGUCAAUAAUUACUACGCGAUUAUUUCAUCAAGCAUCAGUUUCUGGAUUCCUGGGAUUGUAAUGGUCACGAUGUACUGUCGCAUCUAUAAGGAAGCAAUCAGGCAGAGGAAGGCUUUAUCGAGGACAUCGAGCAAUAUCAUUUUGAAUUCGAUACAUCAGCAUAGAGCAUCGCAGUAUCAAAGAUACGGAGAUCAUUAUUUGCAUCCAUCCGACGGUGAACUGACCACUGUCGGGCACAUCAACGGAAAGAGAAGCACUAGUUCUGGGUCAGCUGUAUCCUAUGGGACUACUUCCACUACAACAGGAUAUAAUACUGCGUUAAAUUCCAGGGAUAAUAGUAAAGCAGCGACGGAAUUAAAUAUGAAUGGAACAACAAUAAGGCAGGCGUCGAAGAGCUGGCGAGCUGAGCACAAAGCAGCAAGGACUCUCGGGAUAAUAAUGGGCGCAUUUCUUCUCUGUUGGCUGCCAUUCUUCCUUUGGUACGUAAUAUCAUCGCUCUGCGGCGAGGAAAAAUGCCCGACGCCUGAUGCCGUCGUUGGAUUGUUGUUCUGGGUGGGCUACUUCAAUUCGGCGCUGAACCCGCUCAUCUACGCCUACUUCAAUCGUGACUUCCGGGAGGCGUUCAAGGAUACACUGCUCUGCGCCCUUCCGUGCUGUUUCGGCUGUUGGAAAAAUCCGGCUAGGUUUCUCUAGCAACCGCUCGAGAAACCCAUCUACGCUGAUGCUGGUCUAUAAUUGUGUGUUGUAUAUCUAAUAAACUUCGAAAAAACGCCGAAUCAUUCCACAGAACUCAUUCUACGCGCAUAAAUAAAAAGUAAUAAUGUGAGCAAAGACGUAAAUUAAAAGACAUUUUGAAACAACAUCUAGACUGAUAUAAAUUUAUAUUAAAUUGUUUGUAAUAAUUAUAUUGUAUUUUAAGCAAUAUUCUGUUUGACUGUCAUCAAAAAUUACGUACAUACAACGAUUAAUGCAAUUUUAAUCCGAAUUGAAUUUUUUAUUCGAUUAUAUACAAACGUUUAAUUAAAAAAUAUUUCUCAUUGUGAAUUUUGGGCGUAGGCGUGUGUUUUUGUAGAUUCUCUGUUUUUUCGGUGAAUUUCAUUAAAUGUUCACGUUUACCGCUUUCGGUCGGCGCGCUGUUUGUUGACGCAAGCCGUGUAGUAAAAUGCGAAAUGCGAAUUUACGAGAAGCAAUAAAACAAAGACUUUCGUCGCGUUAUAUUCAGUAACAGCCGUGCGCAAACUUAAGACGAACUUAAAUUUUUUGGACGAACAUUGACACAUAUAGCGCUAAACUGGACAAAGAAAUGACAUCUACAUAAACGACCUACAUAAAUAAAUAAAAUAUAUAAAUGUAAAAUAUAUACGAAAAUAUUUAUAAACGUAAAUAUACAUAAAUAGCAAAAAAAUGCAUAAAUAUAUUAUACUUAAAGACAUACUGAAUAAUAUAAAAAGAGAGAAAGCUUUAUGAUUAAGCUCACUAUAUGUUUCUGUGAUAUUUGUAUUUUUCUGAUAUUUUUUAGAUUGCUUUUCCUUGUAAAUAAUUGCGAUAUAAUUUCUAGCGCGCUAAUGAAACUUAAAUUAUAUCCUGUGUAAUUUAUGCAGUUGUUGUAGGCAACUCAUAUUACACGCUCUAAUGGCCAGGAAGUUAUAUACAACGAAGAAAACCCACAGAAUAGGAAUAAGAUCUCAAAUGAAUGACAUUUGUAUUAUUGGUUGCCUAUAUUCAACUGUAUGAAUAACACACGAUGUAUAACUUAACAAAUUGUCUCUAAAUAAACAUGAUGUGAAUAGAAAGUGUAAAAUUAAUAAAAGAUUUACGUUAGAGUUAAUUGUAGGCGUAUUAUACGGUUAGCUCGUUGUUUAGAUGUCCAUCAUUGAUACCCUAAUCAAUUAAUUAACGCUAGCGUUAAAAUAGAAACGCAAACUUUUGUAUACUCGGUUAGUUAUCGACAACAACAACAUGAACAAACUUUGUGAUUAACUGGUAAUUGAAUUAGCACACUUCAACACAACCAACUCAAAACAAAAAACUUUAAAAUGCAAAACUGAUGUACAAGUUGUUGAAAUCGGGUUGAAAAAAAUGUGUACGUAUGCGAAAGUUUGACAGCGGUGAAACGAGCUUUGAAAGGAUGUAUAUUUGUACAAAGGAAAAAGUAUAUUAAACGGUGAACAGAUAAAACCUAACGCAAAAUUAGUUAUUUAUAAGAAAGGCUGUAUUUUUGGUACGUGAGGAACUAUAUCUUACAAAACGUAAACAAGUAAAGUAAAAAGUAAAAGAUAUUUACUUAAAAGAAAAAUAUUAAUGUAUAGAGUAAAGGGUGGUAUUAUUAUUAGGUUAUUAAUUAUUUACACAAAAGAAAAUACGAAAAGUGCACAAACUGGAAUGAAACGUUAGUAAAAUGGUAAAAAAUAUAUUUUUUCUACUUCCAUCUAUAAAGCGCCAGUUUUUUCAUGGUUUUUAGACGCAAAACGUGGUACUUUAUAUACGAAUGGCCAAGCCGUACAUAAUCUUCAUUAUGUACUUGUAUUAAGCACGGGACGGAGCAAGCGCGUGCGCAUUUGCCUACGGAGCAGAACAAGGCGGUAUGCAAUGCCAUGCGACGUCAGUCAAACACUUCAAAGUAAGUAGGCGCUGCUGCUGUUCGUAUCGGAGGGGCACGAUAUGAACCGAAGCGUCUCAUGGGCCGACGCGUGGAACCGCAACGUGGAAAUAGAGUGGAAGUAGAAAAAAUAGCGUAAGCACCUCGUGGCUAAACGUUGUUAAACACUCGAUUGAUUGACGGCUCGCUACACACGCUCUCAAUCAAUCUCCUCUGUAAUGCCCUCAUUUAGCUACUUGUUACUUAAUAUACUAUUUAUACAAUUGUUUUAAUACCACCCUUAUUUCUAUGAAAUAAAAAAUUAAACUAAGUGCUAAAUGUAUUGUUUCUAAUGUAAAAAGCACACAAUUGUGAUAAUUUAAACAAAUCUACUUGAUUUACCUUUAUCUAUAACCUAUACUUUACGAAUUGUCUUCCUUUUAUUCAUUUAUUUUUAUAUCUAUAACUAUAAUGACAUAAAACUUGCACAAAAUGAAUGUACAUAAAUAAAUCUUUAUAUUUAUUCGAUAACUAAAUAUUUAUUUACGAACUUGUUACGUGUUACAUGUUGUAUGUUUAUUAGUUUCGCUAUCUGUGAUUAUAAACGAGUAUAAUUUACACAUUUAUCACUGUUAUCACUACCACGUAAGAUGAUAUGUACUAUAAUAACGUUUAUUAUUUUGUAAUCAUGAUGCAUGCAGUUGAUAUCGACAUUUAUAAGACUUUUGAGUGUUAUGUGUUAAAAGUAAACUUCUACCAGUAAAUUGAAGUACAUUUAAAAAGCAAGUUUAAACAAGAUUACAAUUAAAUAACAUGACAAUCUUCUGUAGGGCCUAUUUUGUAUGACUUCACCCACACGCCCGCAAAUAUGAAAUAUGUAAUGUUAUAAGGGAAAAAAUGUCAAAAGUGUCGAAAAAUGUGUAAGAAAUGUUUCAUUUCACAUGCAACACAGUAAAUGAGAAUGUACAUCAUAAAUGUAUCUAAUUACUACACUACCAAAUAAAAUUAUUGUUUGUUGAAGCUGAA